AUGUGUGAGGAGGUGGGCGAGGAGCCCCCACUGCCGGCGCUGGCUGUGGCUGUGCCCUGCCAGACGCUCUCUCCGCGUUGGGGGUUCACCAAGACCCCCCUGUCCGGGCCCCCGGGGCUCUCCCCGGGGCACCCAGCGAGGCCGGGCCUCCGCUGCUCCUCCCCGACUCCCGGGUUUCCCGGCACCGCGGUGGCUCCUCCUCCGUGCCCCCCCGCCCGCGGGGCCCCAUCCCGGGCAGCAGCACCCAAGGGACCCGCGCCGUGUCCCUGCAGCUUCGGGGGCGCUGCUGGCGGCACCUCCGACCCCUUCCAGCACCGGGAUCGCCGCCGCUCCCGGGGAGCUGCCGGGGAGCCGGCUGUGGGAGAGCGUGGGGACCCCGGGUGGCUCCCCGGGGACCCCGGGCUGGGCGCCGGGCCGUGCCGUGGGUGGCUCCCGGGGACGCGGUGCCAGGCGGCCGCGGUUUGGCGGAGGAAGCGGCGCCGUCCCGGCGCGGUUGUGCUGCGCCCCGGAUUCCCCACGUCCCAAUGCCCGCACAUUCCCCGAUCCCUUUGUGCUCGCUUCCCGGUGUACCCACGUGUCCCCGGGGAUCGCGGGACGCCGCCGGCAGGGCCGGCUCACGGGCCGGGGUGGGGGGAAUUUUGGGGGAGUUCCGGGGGGGGGGUCCUGCGGGUGCCCGCGGGGUCCCGGCGCUGCGGUGCCUCCCGGUACCGACAGGGGGCGCCGCGGGCGGGGGCGCCCCCGCCUCCCCCGGGACGGAUAAAGGCGGCGGGACCGGCACCGGGCGGGAUGGCCCGGGGCGCGCUCCGCCUGCUCUGCUGCGCCGUUGCCCUGCUCGCUGCCGCAGCAUCAGCACCAACUCCAACGUCUCCAUCCAACCCAAAAACAGCAUCAACCCCAUCCAGUGCCCCGGCAUCAACAGGAUCUUCAUCAUCUCCAUCCAGCACCACCACAGCACCAACUUCACCCAGUGCCUCGGGAUCCACAACACAUUUGACACCCUCAUCCAGUGCCACCACGGCACCAACUCCGUCCAGUGCCUCGGGCUCAACAGCAUCUUCAGCAUCUCCAUCCAACCCAAACACAACAUCAACUCCACACAAUACCUCGGCAUCAACACCAAUUCCAUCAUCUCCAUCCAACACCACCACAGCAUCAACUCCGCCCAGUACCUCAGGACCAACAACACAUUUGACUCCCUCAUCCAAUGCCACCACGGCAGCAGCUCCACCCCACACGAGAUCCACAGAGCAUCCACCUAACUCAACGUCCUCACCCAGGCCCUCGGGGCCUGCUGCUCCCAGCUCCCUCACGCCCACCGUGAGCCCCAACAGCAGCAGCACUGUCACCACCAGCUCCAGAACGGCAGCAGGCACUGGCAGCACAGCUGGAAACUCCAAGCAGGACCCCACCGAGCCGAGCCCUGGCGUGGUUGUCGCCGCCUCCCUCGCCGUCUGCCUGCUGGUGGCGGGCGCGGCCGUGCUGUUGGUGCGGCGGUCCCAGCGCGGCGUCCCGCGCUUCCAGCACCUGGAUGAGGUGCCCAUGAGCAAAGUGAUGGAGGGGUCCUCUGGCCCCCCCACCCCCAGCUGACCCCCCCCGCCGCAGCCCCCCGGGCUCCCCGCACUGCUGAAUAAAGGAGCUGCUGCCCCGGCUCUGGUUUCCC